AUGGCGGUCCUCCAUAAGGCAGCAAAGCUCCGUGAGUUCCGGGAGAAAUAUCCCAGUACAAAUUUCAUUCGUCUUCAAUGGCAGGAUUACUCGGGUGUGCACCGAGCCCGAGUGCUCAUCUUCGACUCUGUGGUUGAUUUGGUUUUGCAAGGAAAGCCUUUUCAAGCAGCAGGUAUUGCAAUAGACUGCACAGUCACAAAUUCCAUCCUUCCUCGCCAGCCACCUAGAGGAAUGCAUUAUGCGGUUCCAGAUUGGUCAACUCUGCGACUCUCUUCUCACCCGGGAACCGCACUUGUGAUGUGCGCUCUGGAUUACCAAAUACAGGACCUCCCAUUGAGGAGUGAUCUGUGUCCCCGUCAAACACUUGUCAAGGUGCUCCGACAGGCACGCGAGAAUUGGCAGCUGGAUUUCUUGGUGGGAUUUGAGGUCGAAUUCAUUGUGAUGAAAUCAAGCUCGAUUACAUCAAGUACAAUGACUCGGUGUAGCAAUGGCCUUGGUCAUUUCGCCGUUUCUGGAUUUCGAGAUCCGUGCUAUCAAUAUAUCGAAGAAUGUGUCAAUAAUCUGCGAACUCAAGGUGCAAAAAUCCAAGCAGUACACACUGAAGGGUUCAGGGGACAAUAUGAGAUUGUUCUUGGGCCGCUUCCACCAAUGCAGGCAAUCGACCAGUUAAUCCUUGUUCAUGACUACCUUAAGGGUACAUUCUCCCGUCAUGGUUAUGAGGUGACCAUGUCUCCAAAGCCUGUGGCUACUGAGUCCCAGGCAAAUGGACAGCAUAUGCACAUCUCACUCCAGCCCGCCAGUCCCUCUCUGGAAGCCCCAUUCCUGGCGGGAAUCCUAAAGCGUCUUCCUAGUCUCUGUGGCUUCUGUCUGCCACUAUCCACGUCUUAUCAGCGACUAGGGAUGCGCAUGGCUGGAGAAACUGUUUCUUGGGGAACGCACUCGCGCCUGGUUCCUAUUCGAAAAGUGGAACCUAGUCACUGGGAAAUCAGAUGCAUCGAUGUCACGGCCAAUAUGUACUUCACCAUGGCAGCCAUCAUUGGUGCUGGUCUCUUGGGCUUGGAGGGCAAGGAGCCGCUCAUUUGGCCAGAUCUGGGUAUUCGGGAAAAUCAACAUCUAGCUUCUCAGAGUGAAGCGUUGCCACGAGGACUCAAUGAAGCACUAGAGGCAUUAGAUACAGAUGCUGGCUCGUUGGCCUCGAUGCUCGGUCGUCCUUUGAUUGACCAUUUUGUCGAGCUCAAGCGUUAUGAAAACUCUCAGAUCGAGAAUAUGGAGCCCGAAGCAGUCAGAGAGCUUCUUAUUGAGCAAUUUUAG